CUGGCCCCGUCCUCCUGCCGCGGCCUGCGCCGCCUCCCCGGCGACGGCCUGCACCUGCGCAUGCGCCUGCGCUGCCCGCCGCCAAGUGCCGAUUUGGUUUUUACUUUGAGGGAAAGCCUGAAACCCCAGAAGAAUUACGUCUUUUACUGUCAAUCCUGUGGUGACGUCAUAGUAAAAGACCGGAAAUUUCUCAGAGUUCUUCCUCUACCAAGUGAAAACUGGAGUGCUUUAGUUGAAGAGUGGUGUUGUCACCCUAACCCCUUUGCCAGAAGCACUUUGCACCCUCAGCAUGAUGACUGUUUUCUUGGAGACACUUUUUUUCUGUUGAAUUCAGGAAAUGAAUCACAUGUGCCUGAAUCUACCAUGUGCUGCUCAGAGACUGGACACCGUGCUUCUCAGAGCGGCUCCAACCUGAAAUCAAAGGAAAAUACCAGAGUAAUUUGUAAGCGCUGCAAGACAAUGCUGGGAGAAACAGUAUCAUCAGAUACCAUUAAAUAUUAUGUCACCGAGGUGAUUAUUCAACCCUCUGAGGGAAGUUUCAGCCCAGCACCAAGGUCUCAAUUCGUACAGAGCAUGAUUGCUCAGUGUCUUGUGGAAUUGUCCUCUGCUAAAAGCACGUUUAGAUUCACCGUAAAAGGGGAUAAUGGAAAAAUCUAUAUUCUGAUAUGGCUUUUAAAUUCUGACACAUUGCUGGUGGAGUCUUUAGGAAGUUCCUCCUCCCACAGUGUUUUUACACUGUUUGGAGAUAUUUUCAUGCCUAGCUCUGGACCAGUGGGGACCUGGAAUGCUGUCAAAGUCCUUUACCAGCCGUGCAUUAAAAGCAGGAAUAAGGACCUUGCUGAUGCAUGGGAAAAUGAUAUUGGCGUUCAUCCUUUAAAGUUUCCAUCAGAAACAUGUUUGGAAUUACUGCUGAUACUGGGUUUGAGUACCACCUCUCUGCCACCUUCACUUCGAUGCAUGAACUCUUUUCAGGUUGCCUUUUUGAAGAUGUGAAGAACGCAGAUACGUGUGUUGAAAACUAUUCUCAAAUUCAUUUUCGGCAGAAAUGUACAGAUAACUUCCAAUCCUGUGACUUCUAGAAAAAAAUCCACUGGCAAUACAAAACAAAAUGGGGGUGUGGGGUGUUAUUCUUCAUAUCUGGAUGUGUUUCAAAACCAAAGAAAGAGAGAGUUAACUUUUACAUUCAAUACAUUCUUAGAAGUCAUUCUAAGAGUGACUUACCUGUCACUCCUGUCACAUCCAGCUGGGAUGACUCUUAUGAUCUCUUCAUUGCCAAAAAGAAAUUAUCUGCGUAUCGUAGUACUACCUUUAUCAGAUGGUGUUUGAUAGUGACCUAUAUGUCCUUAGGAAAAUUCACAACUGGUAGCAAAGAGAGGUUUUAAAAUAUUUAACGUCAUGGAUACUAACGUAAGUUCUUUAUUUGUUCUGGUAAAGUUAGAGGUCCAACUUUAAAAUAUAAAAUCUGGUUUUUGUCAAACUUAUAUGUUUAUCAUGUAUAUUGUUUCCACAUUAAGGUUUACCUUCCUUCUUGAGAGAGAAGGAAGACAGUUUCUGUAUUCCUACACCUCAUGUAGAAUUUUUUUAAAUUGAUAAUGUUUUGGACCUUCAACUUCAAAAAAGAGCAUGUGUGUGAAGGCUGGCCUUGCAGAAACUGCUGGAGGUGAAAGAUACUUGUAGCAAGUCAAUACAGCUACUCUAAAUUGUUGUUCUCUGUCAUGGAUGCUCAGCUGCCUUCCAUGGGAGCGAUAACACAUUUCUGUGGAACACAGAAGCUGUUACCAUUUUUGGUUUCAGAGUGGAUUCCUCACUUAGUUGACAGCAAUUUUUGCCUUCCCUUGUCCAGGGGAACAGGAUCAUAUAAGUGCAUAGGCUAGGGAGCAGAAGAGAUGCCUCCUGGCAUUUUUGCCGCAAUUCCUGCUCAUUGGGGUGGACUGCUCUUGAGCUAGAAAGAGGUGAUCCUUUAAUAUCAACCAUCUCUCUUGGACCCCUCAUCCCUCCAGGGUUUUAUCCCAUAUCUGCCUCGCUUAUCUGCAGUUUUCCUUAAAUAACUGCUCUUAGCAAAUCAGUCAGGUACUGGAAUGGUUCAUCUGACCUAGUGUGACAAUUCUUGUGUUCUCAAAAUGUAUACAAAAAGGUAUCCAAAUAGAAAAAAAAAAGCAGAGAGCCUGUUUAUGUAGGCUGGCUUUUUCAAAGUCCAUCUUUAAACUCUUAAAAUAAAAAGAUACUACCUUGUUGGAAAACAGCUGUAUUUUGGGUGAAUGGAUUCUGGAGGGAAUAUUCUUGUUAGAGGAGUUCUUUGAAAAUUCCUGAGUUUCAAGGAAAGUUAACAUGCCCUUUACUCAGGAAAUGAUCAUAAUGUAGGAAGUGACCCUGCAAAGUGUUGGAGACCUUCUUUGGGUUUUACACAUGCAAAGACAAGUAGCUGAGGCCUCCCAGCACCCAGUCUGGAUAUCAUCUUAUUUUUCUGUUAUUAUUGUAGGUUUUGGUAUUGAAGGAAGAACAAAAAUAUUCUCAGUUUUGUAUUGAGGGACUAAAUUAUCUAGCUCCAAGAUAUUUUGUCUAUGCACCAAUAUUUAGUCAUUUUAUGAAUAAAAUAUAUUUUCUAAAUCAG